AUGAAUCUGGGCAAUGUGAGUGUUCCAAAGAUCUUCAUUCUCUUAGGAUUCUCUGACUACCCGUGGUUGGAAAAACCUCUGUUUGUGAUGGUGCUUAUUGCUUACAUUUUUACUUUGGUGGGCAACAUUUCAAUUAUUGUGGUAUCCAGGGUGGAUCCUCACCUGAACAGCCCUAUGUACUUUUUCCUUUCCAACCUCUCUUUCCUGGACCUGUGUUUUACUACAACCACAAUCCCUCAGCUGCUGCUGAACCUCUGGGGACCUGAUAAGUCUAUCAGCUAUGGGGGCUGUGUGAUUCAGUUUUAUAUGUUUCAUUUCCUGGGUGCCACUGAAUGUAUUCUCUUAGCAGUGAUGUCCUUGGAUCGUUACAUUGCCAUCUGCAAGCCCUUGAGGUACCCAGCUAUCAUGCAUCAGCGACUUUGUAUCCUUCUUGUAGUCAUAGCUUGGCUUAGUGGUUUGGCUAACUCCUUGCUUCAGUCAUCCCUCACAGUCCAGCUGCCACUUUGUGGUAACAACAAGGUAGAAAACUUCCUUUGCGAGGUCCCAGUGAUGAUCAAGAUGUCAUGUGUUGACACCACAUUUAAUGUAGCUAUGCUUUCCAUUGUGGGGACAUUCUACUCCUUGGUGCCCCUGUCACUUAUCCUUAUCUCUUAUGGAUUCAUUGUAGCUACAAUCCUGAGAAUUAGGUCUUCAGAGGGAAAGAAGAAGGCUUUUAACACAUGUGGUUCUCAUGUUAUGGUGGUAUCACUUUUCUAUGGACCAGUCAUUAUCAUGUAUGUUCAGCCUUCUUCUACUAACUCUCAGGACAAGAACAAAUUAAUGUCACUGUUCUACAGUUUGGUAACUCCUAUGCUAAACCCUUUUAUCUACACUUUGAGAAACAAGGACAUGAAAGGAGCAAUGAAGAGGCUCCUUCUCUCACUUUACCACCGAGGAAGAGAGCAAACAUAA